ACUUUUUAACAUUGACAUUUUUGACAGGCUACUUCAAAACAAAUAAAUACCUAAUAAAAUGAAUUACAAUUAAAAAGUACCCAAUAAAAUGAACAUAGAAGAUUUAAACUCCUAUCAACUACAGUUGAAUCACAUAAAAGAAGCCCUACAAGUAUGCCCCGAAGGAAAAGAAAAAGACGAGUUGAUAAACUUAAAAUCCAACAUCGAACAGCUUUUGGAAUUAACUAAAAACGAAGCAGAUAAUAAUUCGGACGAUUUAGCCGAUGAAUAUGCGAUAUUUAUGGCCGAAAUGGCAAAAGAAGGUGCGCUGGAAACUAAAAAAGAAUCCGCACAUAAAGACCUGGAAGGCAAGAAAUGCAGGGCUCCGCAUAAACACCAAUGGGGCACCGAAGUGUACCACAAUGCAAUAAUAUCCUCUGUUAUCGAAACCGAAAACGAAGACCUCAAAGUCAAAGUUUUAUACAUAAACCCAACACACAAAGAAAUGCUACCGUGCCCUUACCUAUUCGAAUCCGAUUGUAAAUUCUCCGACGAGCAAUGCAGGUUCUCCCACGGAGAAAUCCUACCUUACUCGAGUCUUCAGGAGUACACUCAACCCAACUUCGAACUGCUAUCGAAAGGUAGCCCGGUUUUGGCCAAACAACCGGACAACCUCUGGUACCGAGCCAAAAUCUCCAACAUAUUCGAUGCCAAGUGCACCGUUAAAUUCGAAUGCGAUUCCAAAGAAUUAGAACUCGACUUAGAGCAUGUGCUUCCUUUAGAAAACGACUCCGAGAGCAGCGAGGAAGACAUCGAAAGCGAAUACGAGGAACUCGUUAGUCAAGAAGAUAUAAUAAAUAACAGCCUGCUAAUUACACCGGAAAGUACGAUGCUCGGUGAUUGGGAGAAAUAUACUAAAGGAAUGGGGUCCAAAAUGAUGCUCAAAAUGGGGUAUGUCAUCGGAACAGGAUUAGGAAAGAACGCAGAAGGUAGAAUAAAUCCAGUAAGCGCUGUAAUUUUCCCAGCAGGAAAAUCCUUAGAUCAUUGCAUGAAUCUUAGAGAGCAAGCAGGAGGCGAUAGAGACUUGUUCAGCGUCGAAAGGAAGAUGAAGCGUCAGCAAAAGAAGCGGGAAAUGCAGAGGAAGAAAUUCUACGAGAGGGAAUCCCAGAAACAGGACGUGUUUACCAUCAUCAACGGGGCCUUUCAAGGCCGCACUACUGAUAAAACUCGACCAAAACGGGAGAACUUAAAGGAAGAAACGUCGAGGAAUUUGAACAUAAAAAGCUUGCAGAUAGAGAAAGAUAUUAAAGACGCCGAGCGGGACUUGAUAGGCCUUACGCGCUCGUUGGAGAGGCACAAAGACGUCGCAUCAGAAGUGUAUAAAAAUCUGAAGCAAAAAUACCUAAAAAAAAUAAGUGAUAUAAACGAUUACAAACAGCAGGCUCGGAACGUGAAGUUCGAACAAAACUUGAGAGACGACAAGAAAAAAAUGACGAUAUUUUGAGUCGAUGUUUUCUCUUUAGUUUAUUGCACAAUUUGUUAAUGCAACUACAACCACGUCGAUUUUGUAAAUCUAAAAAUCUAAAGCAAUUACAUACAUCAAAUAAAAUGUUAAUAACGCGCUCGAAUACAGGGCGUUUGAUGCAGAAAAAUCGUUAUUUAACCACUAAAACGCCCUGUAUACAAACGUUUAAGAAUAGGUACAAAAAUUAAAAUACACAAUUCAUUAUACGAGAUAUGUUUUAUAUCCUGAGUAUUCGAAACUAGAAAGAAAGAAAUUAUUUACAUUUAUUGUCAUCGAGUAGAAGUUAAGAGAGUUUUCACACAGUGCAAUAUAUUGCAGCAAUCAAUUGCUUAUUAACUGUAUUUUAACUGCAAUGCAAUAUAUUGCACCGUGUGAAAACGCUAUAAUUAAGAGCCUCUACUGUAGCUACAGCUAAUAAAAAGUAAGGGCGUUUUCACACUGUGCGAUAUAUUGCAGGAAUAAAUGGCUGCAAUAUAUUGCACCUUGUGGAACUGCUCUAAUAUCAAAAUAAAUACGAUUUGUACAUCAAAGCGUUACUUAUUGUCUGACAACCUGAAAUCAUAUACGAAAUAAAUAGAACUAACAAUAUACAUUUAUAUUUCUAACCGUUAAAAAAAAUAUAUAAUAUAAAUUCAAUUCAAAAUUAACGUACUAGCCCCAUUUGAAAUAAUUUAGAUCCUACAGAAAAUGUCGAUUCAUUAUGCACUUCUUAAAGCGCAAUGUUAGAAUCGUUAGAAUUUAUCUUACCGUGAGAUACGGUAGGGAAGCCACCAUGCUGCAAGUUAUAACGUAAAGUAUACCGAAAAACAGAUUCAAUUUGGCGGUCUUUUUGGGCACAUCGUGUAUAUCAUUCGAUCUGAAUUGUUUCUCGAUUUUGAAAGCCUCCGGCAGAGUUACGAGAGGUAACAUGAACCACUUGGAGUAUUUCAGCGAAACCACCAUAAACAUGAUGUAAGGGGUGAAUAAUAAGAAAGCGUACAGUACGUGAGAGGCCGUGUGGCCUAUUACGAUAGCCAACGUGACGAUUCCGACUUUCUUAUCCGAUUCCGAGUCCCUCGUGUUGUUGCUGUGCAAAAUGGCCUCCGUAUUCAAAGCUAACGGUAUAGCGUAGUAGAUCGUGGCCCAUUCGACGUAGCCCGUUUGGGACAUGAACGCGAACAGAACGGAUAUCGGGCCGAAUAUUAUGAGAAUCAAUACGUCACCUAGAGCUAUGUACUUGAACCCGACUCCUCCGGUGUACAGAAAACUGGAGGACAAUCCGCCGAAGUACACUAAAGCUAAAUGUUCCAUCUUGGCGGGGGACAGGUUCGCGAGCAGAAUGAACCCCACGCAGCCCGCGAAGUACAGCAUCGCUCCCAACGAGACCACCUCGUCUUUUGAUAGGAUGUGAUCCACCAGGAUCCUGUCGUCGGAUUUCCUGUUGUCGAUUCCCUUUACGUAGUCGAAGUAGGUGUUGACUACGUUGCCGGCCCCGUGCACCGUUACGACGGUUAGAACGGUUAAAAGCAGGGUUAUGUAAUUGAAAUCCGUGGAUCCGGGGUAUUUGUAUGCUAGCGUGGAGCCCAAUAGGGUCGGCAUUAGGCUGGCGCUCAGCGACCAAGGACGUAACGCCAGUACAUAGCUGGAGAACUUCAUCAAACCGCUGGAUUUCUUCCGCUGUUUCUCCUCCGCAUCGGCUCGGCCAUUUUGCGUGAUUUGUUUUUCCUGCGUAUUCGAAAUUUCUUUCAUUAUUUUGACUUAAUUAGGGAUAUGUGGAGUCGUUAACUGCGAAAGAGUAUUAUUUUUUAUGUGUCAAAUCAACUUAACCUAG